GUAGCCCACUGUGAUCGCCACUGCGUACAUCUUCAGUUGAUUGAACAUCUGUUUUAGAUUUCUAUAUGUCUUUUGAUAUGUUUUUGUUUAUGUUGCCAGCUCCAUUGAGGGAAUAGAAUAGAACUUGUGAAGCUACCACAUGUAGAUCCCUUGGGCUUUAUUUCCCAGUGACCGACUCAUCUGGAAUGGUUGGACUUCUGUUUUUGUGUGGUUUCUCUCAAGUCUACUGGAUAUAGUUUUUUUUUUUUUUUCCUUGUUCCACCACCUGCUGUUUUCAUCUCGCAGACAACCAGUAGAAGCUUUUGCCAGUCUUUUAUGGAGUGUGACAUUUUGGGGAUAACUGCAAAGUUUCAAAGGGAACACUGAGACAAAAGCAUGACGGAUGGACCUGCAGCAAAGUGUUGAAGUCUUCUUUCCAGCAAGACAACACAGUAUCUUCAGAGAUGACCACGGUGUCCAUGGAGUCUGUGGGAGUCCUGGUGGAAAGGAGCACCAAUGCCACAGACCAACCCCAGAGCUCUCAUGAGGACACUGCCGCCACCUUCACCAUUGGCACCAUUCUCUCCAUCAUGUGCCUUGUGGGAGUGCUGGGAAACAUCUACACCCUCGUAGUGAUGUGCCAUUCAAUGCGGAGUGCAGCAUCGAUGUACAUUUACAUCAUCAACUUAGCUUUGGCAGAUCUGUUAUAUUUGCUGACCAUCCCGUUUGUAGUGUGCACACACUUCCUCAAGGGGUGGUACUUUGGUGACGUCGGCUGUCGGAUCCUUAUCAGCAUGGACUUCCUGACCAUGCACGCCAGUAUCUUCACACUCACCAUCAUGAGCACUGAGCGCUACUUUGCAGUUCUCAAGCCGCUGGAUACGGUGAAACGGUCCAAGAGUUAUCGGAAGGCCAUCGCUCUGCUAGUCUGGGCUGCGUCGCUUAUUCUCACAUUACCAAUGAUCGUUAGCAUUCAGUUAAUGACAGUGGGCAACAAGGCUAUGUGUCUUCCCACCUUGUUACCUCUGUCCUACAAGAUUUACAUCACCUUCCUGUUUUGCACAAGCAUUGUUGCUCCCGGACUGAUCAUUGGUUAUCUUUACAUCCAGCUUGCACGGACUUACUGGGUUUCACAGACGGAGACCUUCAAACAGACCAAUAAGCUUCCCAAUCAGAAGGUUCUCUACCUGAUUUUUACCAUUGUGCUCCUCUUCUGGGCAUGUUUUUUGCCCUUUUGGAUAUGGCAACUUCUGGGCCAGUUCCACCCAUCGCUGCCCCUGUCCUACAAAGCCAAGCGCAACAUCAAUUACCUGACGACGUGUCUGACGUACUCCAACAGCUGCAUCAACCCAUUCCUUUACACUCUUCUCACCAAGAACCAUAAGGAGUACCUGAGGAAGCACAACCGGUCCUGGUCAGCCGGCAGCUAUUUUAACCGGAGGAGUCGUUUUCAUCGCUCACCGCGCCGGUCGCCAUCCUCCAGCAGUCAGCAGUGCACGGAGAGCUUCAUGUUGACGCACACAGCCUCCCUGCGUGCACACAACAGCAGUUUGUAAGAUAAGACUGAGAUGAGCAGAUGGAAGAAAAGAAAAGGACCAAAGACAGACGCAGUUGACUCUUCAUUUCUAUAACAUCAACAGAAUUCAUUAAUUAGACAAAAAAGAAGAUGAAUAGUGUGUACUUUAGCACAUAUUAUAUAAAGAAUCUCCGUGCUGGAGCUGUUAGACUGUGUAAAAAAACAAACCAACGCCUAUUCAUAUACUGUAUAUUUGCUCUUGUCUUUUUCUCAUGAAUGAAACAUGGCCAAGACCUUUUCUGCUAACUAUGUUUACCGUCUGUGCUUCUUGUUAUGCAAUGUCUGCAUGCAAAACUGUUCCAAAUUGUGAUGAUGUAAUUAAGGCUGAUUGUGUACACAGCCAACGACAGAAGCCAUGAACUUGUGUUCGUAUGUUUUCUUAACAGGCUGAAAAGAAAUGCAUGGUUACUUUCUGCACAGGUGAUCGGCUUCACACAAUGUCAGCGCCAUGUUCGUCAAGCUUAAUAAAGUAUUCCAACCUGU